GGAACCAGAGAGAAAAAAAAAAAAAGAGGAAAAGAAAAAAGCCACUGAGUGCGAUUCAAUAAUUGCGAAAAACCACGGGGAGUGUUGUUUGUUUCGGUCCCGGCUGGACCAGGGAAUGAAUAGAGAUGAGAGGCUUUCGGCUUAAGAAAACUGAGUUAAGCGGCCAAGCCAAACGCAGAAUCGGCGGCAGAAAUUGCCACCGGAAGCACGUCGAAGACGGGUGAACUAAAAAGAAGAAUCUCAUCCACCACUUAUCCUUUCAAUCCCCAACCCCAAAAAAAUCACAACUUCUAGUAGUAAAAAAAAAAAAAGACUAGAAGGUAGUAUAGUAGAGUGUUUUUCAUUUUUUAUUUUUUAUUUUAAUGAUGGGAGAGAAAAGCAACAGCAACAGCGGCGACGCGAUUAACUCGACGCUGCUCCACGGGAAGUACGAGCUGGGGCGGCUGUUAGGCCACGGAAGCUUCGCGAAGGUAUACCACGCGCGCCACCUAAACACCGGAAAGAGCGUGGCGAUGAAGGUGGUGGGAAAAGAGAAGGUGGUGAAGGUAGGCAUGAUGGAACAAAUCAAGAGAGAGAUCUCAGCCAUGAACAUGGUGAAGCACCCGAACAUCGUUCAACUUCACGAGGUCAUGGCGAGCAAGUCCAAGAUCUACAUCGCCAUGGAGCUCGUGCGCGGCGGCGAGCUCUUCAACAAGAUCGCCAGAGGCCGGCUCCGGGAGGAAACCGCCAGACUUUACUUCCAACAACUCAUCUCCGCGGUGGACUUCUGCCACAGCCGCGGCGUCUUCCACCGCGACCUCAAGCCGGAGAACCUCCUCCUCGACGACGAUGGCAACCUCAAGGUCACUGACUUCGGCCUCAGCACUUUCUCCGAGCAUCUCAGGCACGACGGCCUGCUGCACACUACGUGUGGCACGCCGGCCUACGUUGCGCCUGAGGUCAUCGGAAAAAGAGGUUACGACGGCGCCAAGGCUGAUAUUUGGUCUUGUGGCGUAAUCCUCUACGUACUUCUUGCUGGUUUUUUACCUUUCCAGGAUGAAAACUUGGUGGCUUUGUACAAGAAAAUUUACCGCGGUGACUUCAAGUGUCCACCGUGGUUUUCCUCCGAGGCACGGAGGCUCAUCACCAAGCUCCUCGACCCGAACCCGAACACGCGAAUCACGAUUUCGAAAAUCAUGGACUCGUCGUGGUUCAAGAAACCCGUGCCAAAGAACUUGGUGGGAAAGAAAAGAGAGGAAUUGAACUUGGAGGAAAAGAUUAAACAUCAGGAGCAAGAAGUUUCCACUACGAUGAAUGCAUUUCACAUCAUUUCCCUUUCGGAAGGGUUCGAUUUGUCGCCGUUGUUCGAGGAGAAGAAGAGGGAGGAGAAAGAGUUACGUUUCGCCACCACGCGCCCCGCGAGUAGCGUGAUUUCGAGAUUGGAAGAUUUAGCGAAGGCGGUGAAGUUCGACGUGAAAAAGAGCGAGACUAAGGUGAGGUUGCAGGGUCAAGAAAAUGGGCGAAAAGGUAAACUCGCUAUUGCUGCGGAUUUGUACGCCGUGACGCCGUCGUUUUUGGUCGUGGAGGUUAAGAAAGACAACGGUGACACCUUGGAGUAUAACCAGUUCUGCAGCAAGGAGCUUCGGCCAGCGCUCAAGGACAUCGUGUGGAGGACUUCUCCUGCAGAGAAUCCUACACUCGCUUGAACAACAAAUUCAAUUCAAUUGUCGUUCCUUUGUAGUUUUCUUGUUUCAGAACAGAGACAUAUUUUAAUUAUUUGCUUGCUUCUUUGUUUGGAUUCUAAUUCUAUGUUUUAGCCUCUCGGGGGUGUCGUCGUCUUUUUACCCAGGAAAGGGGGAAUUGUUGAAAAGGCGAAUGCAGUAGUAGUGAACCGAAAUGGACAUCGAGGAGUUGUUGUCGAUGAUUCGGGUACAUGUGCUGCCUGUUGUAUUGCUCGUGGCUGAUGUUGUUGCUAUGUUGGCGUGAUUGUGAAUAUGCUUGCAAAUUGAUUGGUGUGGCUCAUGGUCAUUCGUGGCUGCGUUUAAUUUAUUUUUUCUAUUAUUUAUUUUUUUGGUGAAUGAGUGCUUUGUUUGGGGUCGGUCAGUGAUGACGUGUAUGUUAAUUUCUGAACUCUGGACCUUAAUUGCCAAAUAAAAGAGGAAAUUGACUUC